AUGUACGAAUGGAGCGCGCUGGCUCCUCCCCGUCGGUUCGGUGCAUACAACGAGAUUGUCACCUUGACGCUUCCCGAUGGCACCCAGAGAUCCGGUCAGGUCCUGGAAGCACGAGGUAUGUUCUGGCACCAAUGCCGCUCUGCUUGGCUGCGCUGGCUAACCGCGGUGGAUAGGCGACCGAGCUGUUGUCCAGGUACAUUCUACACGGGCGCCGUGUCGACGAACCCCCAACGAGUGCUGACGCCACCGGAAAACUCGCCCGCACAGCGUGGGUGCAGGAAGCUGACAGCCGCGCAGACCAAGGUCGAGUUCACCGGCUCGAGCUUGAAGCUCGGUGUCUCGGAGGACAUGCUUGGUCGCAUCUUCGAUGGCUCCGGCCGCGCCAUCGACAAGGGCCCCAAGGUGCUUCCCGAGGACUACCUCGACAUCAACGGCAGCCCUAUCAACCCUUACUCUCGUGUACGUCUCGGCUCGUCCUUUCCUCGAAUGAUUUCGACCGGUAUCUCCGCCAUUGACACGAUGAACUCGAUUGCCCGUGGCCAAAAGAUUCCCAUUUUCUCUGCCUCUGGUCUGCCUCACAACGAGAUUGCCGCCCAGAUUUGCCGACAGGCCGGCCUCGUCCAGAAGCAGGGCAUCACCAACAAGGGCGUGCAUGACGGCCACGAGGAGAACUUCUCCAUCGUGUUCGGUGCCAUGGGUGUCAACUUGGAAACCGCCCGUUUCUUCACGCGCGACUUUGAGGAGAACGGCAGCUUGGAUCGGGCCCGGGCUUCUAUGGGCUCAAACGGUUUCGGCGCAUUCAGAAGCUUACUUUGGAACAGCAUCGAACGUAUCAUUACCCCUCGUCUGGCACUUACGACCGCGGAGUACUACGCCUACCAGCUUGAGAAGCACGUCCUCGUCAUCCUUACUGACCUGUCGGCCUACUGCGACGCCCUUCGUGAAGUUUCGGCGGCGCGAGAGGAAGUGCCCGGUCGCCGUGGUUUCCCCGGUUACAUGUACACUGAUUUGUCCACCAUCUACGAACGAGCCGGCCGUGUCGAGGGACGUAACGGAUCGAUUACGCAGAUUCCCAUCUUGACGAUGCCCAACGACGACAUCACGCAUCCCAUUCCCGACUUGACGGGAUACAUUACCGAGGGCCAAAUCUUCGUCGACCGACCGCUGUACAACCGCGGCAUCUACCCGCCGAUCAACGUGCUGCCGUCGCUGUCGCGUCUGAUGAAGUCUGCCAUCGGCGAGGGCAUGACGCGCAAGGACCACGGCGAUGUGUCGAACCAGCUGUACGCCAAGUACGCCAUCGGUCGCGACGCGGCGGCCAUGAAGGCUGUCGUCGGUGAGGAGGCGCUGUCCGCCGAGGACAAGCUGUCUCUGGAGUUCCUGGACAAGUUUGAGCGGCAGUUCAUCAACCAGGGCGCGUACGAGUCGCGCUCCAUCUACGAGUCCCUGGACCUUGCGUGGAGCCUGCUGCGCAUCUACCCCAAGGACCUGCUCAACCGUAUCCCUGGCAAGGUGCUCAACGAGUUCUACCAGCGUGCGGCAAAGGACGCCAAGUCGAAGGGCAAGGCGCGGGCGGACGUGGCUGCCAAGGACCAGCAACAAAACGAGGAGAACCUGAUUGACGCAUAA